AAUUCCAGCCCCACCACCACAAAAUAUUCAGCAAUGAAUUAUUGAUUAUUUGAGUAGAGGAAGACCUUGGCUGGACUCUUCACCUCAUCUAGAAAUUAGAAUCGAACAACCUCGUCAGAAUUGUUGCCAGUAUGAGCAGUCCCACUUCCCUGGCUUUCCUCCUCCUCGUUCUCCUAUCCUUGUUCGCCUCUCCGGCAACAGCAUACCUACUCUACAAUGUCUGCGGCAGCACAGGAAACUUCUCCACUUACAGUACCUACAGCUCCAACCUCAACGUCCUUCUUUCCACCCUUUCCUCCAACGCCUCUGCCACAGGCUUCGCCACUUUCACAACAGGCAGCAUUCCCGAUAGCGUUACCGGCCUUAUCCUCUGCCGUGGUGACACCGAUAUCUUCAACUGUCGCUCCUGCAUCCACACCGCCAUAAAAGAGAUCCGGCAGUUCUGCCCAAACCAGAAGGACGCCAGCAUAUGGUAUGAUUUAUGCCUACUCCGCUACUCCAGCCAAAACUUCCUCUACGCUCCCGACAUCACCUCAAACAUCAAGGUUUUCAUGUUUAACACUCAAACUGUCUCGGCCGAGCAACUGUCGCCUACAAACGGGUCUUCCACGGCAAAUACUACCCGGCCUACGGCAGAUUCAUCUCAUGGAGGAAGCAGUAAAGUGGGCACUGUUGUGGCAAUCACAGUUCCUGUAGUAGUUGCAAUUGUUCUAAUUUCCACAAUUAGCAUCUGGUUGUGUCGAAGAAAACCAAGGAGAAAGCAACCCGGCGAGGCUAACCUUGAAGAGUUUUCCAAGGUUGAAACUAUAUUGUUUGAUUUACCCACACUUAAAGUAGCAACUGAAAAUUUCUCAGAACUUAACAAGGUUGGUGAAGGGGGCUUCGGAUCAGUUUACAAGGGAGUAUUACCGGAUGGUCAAGAAAUAGCAGUCAAGAGGCUCUCAGCAGGAUCAGGGCAAGGGCUUGAAGAGCUAAAAAAUGAACUGGUUGUAACAGCUCUACUCCAUCACAAAAAUAUUGUAAGACUAUAUGGUGUCUGCCUGGAAAAAACAGAGAAGUUGCUCAUAUAUGAGUAUGCGCCCAACAAAAGCUUAGAUACAAUUCUCUUUGAUCCAACGAAAAGUAAGCUACUAGACUGGAUGAAAAGAUGCGAGAUCAUAGGAGGGAUUGCCCGUGGCUUGCUUUACCUACAUGAAGACUCCCAAUUAAAGAUCAUUCAUCGAGAUCUUAAAGCUAGCAAUAUAUUGUUAGAUGUAGACAUGAAUGCAAAAAUUUCGGACUUUGGGAUGGCUAGAAUUUUUCGAGGAGAUGAGAGUCAAGGGAAGACGAGUAAUGUUGUUGGAACGUGUGGAUAUAUGGCUCCAGAAUAUGGAUUGCACGGACAUUUUUCAGACAAGUCUGAUGUAUUUAGUUUUGGAGUGCUAGUUUUAGAGAUUUUAACAGGAAGGAGUAAUAAAAGUUUCUUUAAUGAUGACCAUUCUGAAGACCUCUUAAGUUAUGUAUGGAAGAAUUGGAAGAAUGGAACAGUCCUAGAAAUUGUAGACCCAACCUUAGCAAAACCUCUUCCGAGAAGUGAAGUCAUGCGAUGCUUUCAAAUUGGACUUCUUUGUGCACAACAUGACUUUUCUCAAAGACCUACAAUGAUAACAGUGGUUGUCAUGCUCAACAGCUAUUCUAUGUCCAUUGAAGCCCCUUCAGCGCCAGCUUUUUUUGCAGGGGUAAGUGGCAUAAACACAGAGGAGUUUUCAAGGAAAUUUGACAUAUAUGAAAAUGACACUUACAAACCUUCAAGCAAGAAGAUGCCAAUGUGACCUAAUGUCAUUUCAAUUACGAAGCUAAAUCCAAUAUAACUAGUUAAUAAAAGGACAAAAAUCAAUGUUAUGGUUGUCUAUUUUCUAAAGUGGUAAAUAAUUUGUAUAAUGUGCUCAUUUUAU